AUGUUAAAUAACAUCUCUGAAUUCUUAAGGCGAAUCGAUCAAUUUGGAGCAAGUUACAAACCAAGUUAUUCUUAUGGAGAAGUUUAAUUUAAAACCAGUUUAGGAGGGUUGCUAUCUAUAGUGCUUUAUGGAUUAAGCUUAGCUUACUUAAUAUAUGAAUUGAUUCUUUGGAAAUCUGGAAGAAUUUUGCCAAAAAUAACAAGUUUAUAAACAGAAAUUGAAACUUAUUCACUUUAAUUUGACAAAGUAACUAUAGCCUCUUUUUGUUUGAGAAAACACACAAGCAUUCAUAAUUAAAUAGACCCAUUCGACCCAAACAAUGUCAUUGUAUUGCCAAUGCUCUAUGAAAUAUUAAAUGACGAGUUCUAAGAGCCUUAAACUCUACUAUCAACAAAAAAAUCAGAAAAACAUGGGACCUAUUUAAUAGAAGUCAAAAAUAUAGAACUAUCCAAUAAUGAGCAUGAAUCUCUCGAUCAUCCAAACAAAGAAUUUUUGUUGGUGUUCCAAGAGUGCACUUAAGAUCUAUUGCCAGAAGGUUGGUAUUGUGCUAAAGAGGACAGAAUUAAAACAUUUUUUAAUCAAAAGCAAAAUUAGUUGCAAAUACAAACAUUUGUAAACUAAUAUAACACUUCUACUAAAAAAAUUGAUAUUGUUGAACAAGAUUAUUAUGCAUCCUUCGACAAUAAAACUACAUAUUUUAGCUAAAUUGUUAUUGGAUCUACAAAUAUUUCAAUAGAUACUGGAUUCUUGCUUGAAAGUUUAGAGAUUAUUGAAUUUCCAAGUUCACUCUAAUCUUACAUCCAAUAAAUGGACUUAGAUUACUUUGCUCAUUCAUUUCAAAACAAAAUAUUCUUAGCCUUUGAGUUUGAAUUAGGCACCCUAUAAUAAACAGUUUAUGUGGAAUAUCCCAAAGUAUCAGAAGUCUUAGCCAAUAUUGGAUCGAUUGUCUCUUUCUUUUUAUUCUUUUCUCAUAUUGCGUACAUGAUAAAUGAAAAGAAUCUUGAACUUAAGGUUUUGAGAACCUUAAUUGAAAUGUAUUAUCCUCAAAUGAAAGAGGUUACAUUUAAAAAAAAUUGUUAUGGAAAGGUGAUUUAAGUUUUGUAUAAAAACUCAAGAGUGUCCAUUUCUUUUCUAGAAACAUAUAAUAAAUUUUUAAAGAUUGCUCAGGCUAAGUUAUGUCUAACCAAUUAACUAUAUGAGGUUUCAAGAUUACAAUUUAUAUUGAACUCCAUUUGUGAUAAAUAGGUCUUUAGAGAUUGCCAUGAUAUCGGUAUAAGACUAAAAGGUUUAGACUUCGAACAUGAUCCAGAUAAACAUAAUAAUAAACCAAAUAUUAUUAAAGUGGAAAAUAUUAUUCAAUAAGAAUUGAAAUUAGAAAACGUUGAAAAUGAAUCCAUCAAAGAAUUGAACAUUACAAAAAUUAAUCCUAAAGCCACAAUCGAAAUGCAAUCAAAUUAAAUUUAAGUCGAGUAAUUGAACUAAUCAUAAAGUUUAUUCUUAGGAAAGAUGAUUGAAAACCAAUUAAUUGAUGAAGAAGAUUUCAAACUAUCAGAUGAAGAUUUCUAUGUCUUAAUGUAACAUUAAUCACGCAUUAAAGAGUUGGAAUAUGAAACGGUAGCCCUUUAAAAUUAAUAGUAAAUCUAAUAUGAAGUGUAAAAUUGA